AUGGGCGCCAAGGUAGCCGUGUGCCCGGACGAAUCGUCCCUUCCCCGUCCCCAUGCCCGCUCCGUUUCGGCGGCCGAUGCCCAAACAGAGAAGAGCCGCUUCGAGCGGAUCAAGUCCUCCAUCCAUUUGUGGCGCAAAAACUUUUUUGGCAGCUGUAUUUUCGUGAAGAAUCCGAGGUAAAGGCGGGCAAAUCUCUUGAUAGCAUUAGGUGUAAAGGUUGCUGUAGCUCUAGAGCAAUAAAAAGGGUAAAAAUAAAGAAAGCUGUAAAAGUAAUGAUUCAUUUCUGCUUCCGCCACCCUUCAAGCGCUGUAAAAUUGAUGACAGCGGAAGGGCAAAAAGAAAAGCAGAGUUUAAGGGGUUUAUACCGACGUCAGCACUAAUUUAAUUCCUUUAAUUUCCAGCCGAUCUCGACGAAAAGCGGACCUGAACAAGGAGAACCGAAACAAUGUGAACACGGGACCCCUAACGCACAACAAGAAGACGGGUGUGGUCAGUGCGUCACAUUCAUCCACAAACAAGACCAGAAAAGCGCCAUCCAGCGAGACUUGUGUGGCGGAUUCGUUCGACAAUGCCAUGCUGGAUAAGCUGACGGAAAUCCCGUACGCGGUCGAUAGAAAUGAAUGGCUGGCAACGCAUGGUAAGCGUGGAAUAUUUUGCUUGAUUAGCCAAUAAUUUUAUUUUAUUUUUUGUUGGCUGCUAACUCGGAAUGUUGAAAUUUUGUUUUUACGCAAGGUCAUGAUUCAGAUAACGUCUUGUUUUUUGAUGACGUUAUUUUUUUGUAUUUUAUAGUUUUGAAUCUUACAUUAUCAUGUUGCCUAAUGGACAAUCCUUUUUUGAUAAGGAACCAUAAGACUACAGCCAACAGUUUUGGGCGUUGUAAACUCGUAAUCAACUUCCCUCGGGUCAGAGUAUAGACCUCCAUUUUUAUGGAUGUUUAUUAUUUAUAUUUACAAGCGCGCUACUGUAUGAUUUUUUUGCAAUUGCAGUUGUUAUCAUGCUUGAUGAUUUCGGAUCAUUAGGGCAUCUAUUUUUAACGAAACGGAACUUCUUUUCCUUGUUUACCAUCUAAUGCUGAUGGCUUGUAUGUUUUUAGUGCUUGCCCUCUUCGAACAUGUCAACGCAUUGUGUGGAGCGGUCUCCGAGAACUGCACCCCCGGCAACUGCCCCAACAUGAACUACCCCGGUUGUACGAAGGCCUCAUGGACGGAUGAGAAAGGGAAAAGACAUCAGUUCUCGGCCCCCAGAUACAUUGAUUGUGUAAUGUCGUAUUCGGAAGGCACAAGAAGCAAUGAAGCCGUUUUUCCAACAAAAUACGGUACGUUAGAGAGUUUACUUUGAUAUGUUUAUCGAUUUUAGGAGCCCCAUUCCCAGCCGACUUUGAACAACACUGCCGGAGAAUGGUGAAAUUACUAUGGCAUUGCUGUGGCCAUCUCUACGCAAAACAUUGGGACAUUAUGCAUGUUCUCAACCUCCGGCCCCAAACUGCCCUAGUCUUGGCCCAUAUGGCAUCCAUUGCCCGACUGUAUAAUUUACUAGAGCCUAAGGAACUCACCUCCCUCACCAACACCUUGCACUUGGUCCGGCCUUUGUGUCUACAAGCACCGCCGGCAAAACGAAGCGGAGGCGUCGUGGAGAACAUUGAUCAAGACGAUGCAUGGUCGCGGGUCCCAACAUCGAAAAGCGGGUCGUGGGGAGGCCAUUCGGCCGUAUCCACCAACCCCGGUGUGGCUCAGUCCCAGACAUGUUGA